GGCAGCGCCUUGCAGCACAGCCCGUGGAGCUGGCAUGGGCCAGAGGCGCCGGCUGGCGGCGGAGAGCUCGCGGCGGAACACCCGGGGGCUAAGGCUGCUGCUCGGGGAAUGAGAGUCCGCAGAGACCUCGGCUGGCUGGCGGAAGCGACGGAGCCCCCAGGUGGCGGGGGAGCCCCAUGCUGGAGGCGCAUGGAGAUGCCGAGCCACUCGAGGGCAGGCUCCUGCAGCUCAACACCAGCGGGCCAAGGCUUCCUAUGCGACGUGAUCAUCGUGGUGCAGAACGCGCUGUUCCGGGCGCACAAGAACAUCCUGGCGGCCAGCACGGCCUACCUGAAGUCGCUGGUGGUGCACGACAACCUGCUCAACCUGGACCACGAGAUGGUGAGCGGUGUCUUCCGCCUGGUGCUGGACUUCAUCUACGGCCGCCUGGGCGAGUGCGAGCCAGAGCAGGGCCUGGGCGCGGGGCUGGCGGCGCAGCUACUUCAGGUGCCGGCCCUGGUGGCUCUGUGCAAGAGAAGUGAAGCGACGGGCAAGUACUGCCACCUGAGAGGCGGCUACAGCCCCUACGGCAAGAUGGCAGAGGCUGCGGGUCGCCACCCCCGUCAUCCAGACUGCUACUCAGGUGCCCCCCUGCUGACAUGCAGCCUGGCGAGCCCCACAACCCCUCAGCACCCAUGUGGUAGACUCUAUGCCUCUGCCUCCCAGGGCACCGCCCUGCACCAGCCUGGGCUGUGCCCACCCGAGAGCACUGCCCCCCCCUGUGGCCUGGACCUCUCCAAAAAGAGCCCCAGCCCUUCCUCCCAGCUGCUGCCCACAGACAGACACCAGGACAGCAGGGAGCCCUUGCUGCCCCGACACGACAGCCGCCCCGGCAGCACUUCCCUGCGUGUCAACCACAGCUCUGCCUACAAAGACCCACCCAUGGGUGAAGGCGUGAUCCACCCUGCGGAGCGCUUCCGUGGCAGCCCACCCUGUGCCGAGCCCUUGCCGGGCGAAGGCCGCAACUUCCUGUACCGCUGGAUGAAGCACGAGACCCGGGCAGCUACCUGGAGGAGUGUGAGCAGAGAAGGAGCCUGAGCGGAGGAGGAGAAGGCCGAAUCGCCCCGCAGUCCCGCUACCCAGCAUCGAGAGCAACGACUGGAGAACGACAACAGCACCACGAGGACACGGGCCAGCAGCGAGGGCCAUCCCUGGGGCACCUGGGCCCUAUUGCAGCACCUGGCCUACGAGCCCGAGACUGGGGACAACCUGUACGUGUGCAUCCCCUGCGGAAGGGCUUCCCAGCUCGGAGCAGCUCACGCCCACGUGGAGGCCCACACCGAGGAGGAGCUGUACCACAAGGCGGCUUCGGAGCAGGCCGGCCCCUUCCUGGACAGUGGCCAGAGCCUGGGUGACAUCACGCCCUACCGCUGCUCCUCCUGCGACAAGGCCUACAAACCCGCCACGCUGCGGCAGCACGAGAAGACGCACUGGCUCACACGGCCCUACCCAUGCACCAUCUGCGCACAGAAUUCACGCAGCGCGGACCAUGACACGCACAUGCGCAGCCACCUGGGCCUUAAGCCUUCGCUGCGACGCCUGUGGCAUUGCGCUUACCGGCAGUACCGGUCUCACGAGCACAUGCAUCACUCGGGCGAGAAGCCCUACGAGUGCCAGGUGUGCGGCGGCAAGUUCGCCCAGCAGCGCAACCUCAUCAGCCACAUGAGAUGACUGUUGGCCGGGCCCGACGGCAAGUCCAAGCUGGACUUCCCUGAGAGCGUCUUCGCCAUGGCGCGGCUCACGGCCGACCAGCUGGGCCUCAAGCAGGAGAAAGCGGCUGAGCUGCUGUCGCACACCUCACACUUCUUCAGCGACCCCAAGGGCCUGGAGAGCCUGUACCCGCUGGCCCGGUUCACAGCCGAGCACCUGGGGCUGAGCCAGGAGAAGGCGGCCGAGAUGCUGGGUCCAAGCCCGCUGCUGCAUAGUGACCGGACCAUAGAGCGCUAUUCCCCCACCUAAUGGGGUGGCGCAAGACCCCUAGGGCCACCCACCACAGCUGGAGCCAAAGAGGCCGCAUGGCUGCUGGGUCUGCAGAGCCUGUGGUUCCCUCCCCAGAUGGACUCUCUCUAGCAUUUGGGGAGUGGGAAUUAUUUUCCCUGAAAAUGUGCAGUGGUGGUGAUCUUCUGCCUCCCCCACUUCAUGGGGACAGACCAGACAAGCCAAACAGUGGGGGAAGGCUAAGCCCCUAGCUGAGGGUCCCACACGAGUGGUGCUGUUGUGGGGCUGGGAGUAAUGUGCCGCAGGGGUGGGGCUGUGUUUCAGCUGGGCUAUGGCUUGGUGCAAAUAGUAAGGUGAUGGGGUGGGGCUGUGAUCAAACCGCUCUUGCUGGCCACGGCAUCGAUCCCCUCUUGCGUCCUGUCAUAGCUGCUCCCCGGAGGGCUGCCAGGAGCCAUGCCCAGAUAUAAUGCAGUCUGUACCGUGCCCUUGCCUUACCUGGCACAGCCACCAAGUGCCCAGCAGGGGCUGGUGCUUUCCUAGCACAAAGAAAAUGUGAACCUGCCUCCUACCUCAGGAGCCAGUCGCUCCCCUCCCUGGGACUCAAGGAGGGCCAUGGUAGUCUUCCUCCCUGCAGCCUCCCUGCUGCAGACGGGCCCAGUAUGAGCACAAUAACCCAGCUCUAUGCCCACUGCUUAAAUCUUCCUCCCCUGCCUCCUUCCCCCAGUCCUAGGCUGCCUCUGCUCAGGCCCCCUUGGAGCCCAGCUUCCAAUGGCGCCAGCCCCAGGGAAACCCAGGGCUCUAUGAGGGACACAGACAUUUGCUGCUGAAGCAACUGCAGCUCCACUUUGUGCCUCAAUGAAAAUUUGGCUUUUGCAGCUGCCUUCAGCUGGGAUCCCCUUAGCUUUGCUCACCAGCCUGAACUCUGGCUCGAGAGUGCAGCCAGCCUGCUGCAAAUGCAAAGGGGCCCCUCAAUUGUCCAAGGCUGUCAUGUCCACUGGGCACUGGCUGCAGCCCAGCCAGGAAGGGCUGUUAGUGCCUGCUGCAGGGAACAUACGCCUGUUCUGCCUGGCUCGACCCUUGGUAGCAUGGGUGGUGGGCGGCAGGAACAGAUCUUACCCAGAGUAGGCUUGUCCCAGCAGCUGCAGCUGGGUGCUGCCUGCCUUUGGAGGAGCUGCGGCCACCACUCAGGACGGAGCUGCCCGUGGGCACAGCUUUGUCCAGCAGCUGGAUCCCUGCUUGGUAUAGCAGGAGCAGCAGAAGGGUUUGAUCUUCUGAGGCCUCUGCAGGAAUCUCUACACCUUGGGCCAGCAAACCCUGCCCAGAGCCUGGGCCUGGCGCGUGCCUCUUGCUACAGACCCUGGUUGGGGCAGCCCCUCUCCCAGCUCCGACUGCAGCUGGGCCUGGCUCCCAGAGAUCCUCCUGGGCCCACCUCACUGAGCCGAAACCAAAGCAACCAUCUGAGGAGGAGACCCAGCCCCCACACCCUCACUGUACUCAGGGAUGGCCCCAGUCUCCUGCCUGACCCAGGCCAGGCCCAGCUGCCUCAGAGGAGAAUUCCUGCGCUGGGCGAUUCCUGAGGAACCUGAGCCCAGAGAGUUCCCCCCACCCUUCCCCAGUUGCUAGUGGGAGGGAGCAUGGAUGUGGGGCCCAGCUGGCCCUAGACUGAACCCCUGGGAUGCAUCCCUCCCCACCCUCCAGUCUCUGCUCUGUGCGAUCUCAGGUGGGGACCAUGCUGCUGUUUCUCUGGGGGUCUCUGCUGGGAGGUGGGCCGGAAGCAUGAGGACACAGGAGUAGUUUGUUAAACCCCAAUUGAGCUUUCCCAGGAGUAGCCCCCCCUUGUUCCUUACUAGGCUGCAGGGAGAAGGCUGCCCCCUCCCAUGGCUGGUGCCCAGGCAGAGCAGGGCUCCAGGCCGCAGAGCAUGCAGGCAAGGGGCCGGGCUGCUCUCCUUGUACCAAAGGGCUUUGUCCCUGCGCUAGGGCAUUCCCCGUCCCCAAACAGGUCUGGUGGAGGCCCCCUCCCUCUGCUCCGCAGAGGCUCAGUCUUGCCAGGAGCUUGUGACAAAACAAGAUUGCUCAGUCUACUCUUGCUGG